GAAGAUUUGUUCAACAAAUCGGUAACUGAUAAUCGGAAGUGACGUGCUGAAGCCGGUGAAAGUGGUUCUUCGCGUUGGAGAAGUGAACAUUUUUCAGAAUUUGUGCCUGUUUGCACCUCACUUUAUCCGAAAAAAUGGGUGAUCCCGUUGCCGAGCACACGUCCCGACUUCAGCGACAGGAAAGAGAAAUCAAGUUACUCCAAGACGAAAUCGAGAGGCUGAGAGAUCCACAGCAGCUGAACUUCACGUCUUCACAGCUGGAUGUGUUGCGCGAGGAGAAUUCCCGUCUGAAGUACCGCCUCAACAUCCUGAAAACAAGUUUACAGGAGGAGAUAAGCCAAAACGGCAAGACGAUGUUGAACAUCAACCAGCGUUUGCAGCAGAUCUUUGGGGAGGCCAUCAGUACCGCCUACCCUGACUUAGAGAACCCGCCACAUGUGGUCACCCCCAACCAGCAGGCCAAGUUUGGCGAUUAUCAGUGUAACAGUGCCAUGGCGAUGUCUCAGAUGAUGAAAGCUAAAGGACAGAAGGUCAGCCCCAGGGAGAUAGCAGAGAAGAUUGUCCAAAACAUUCCAAACAAUGAGUUAAUUGAGAGAACAGAAAUCGCAGGGCCAGGGUUUAUCAACAUUCAUCUCAAGAGAAUGUUUGUCUCUAAACUUCUCUCAAACCUGCUUGUGAAUGGAGUUCAGCCUCCACCGUUGGAGAAGAAAAAGAAGGUCAUUGUGGACUUCUCCUCACCUAACAUUGCCAAAGAGAUGCAUGUUGGUCACCUGCGGUCCACCAUUAUUGGAGAUAGCAUGUGUCGACUCUUUGAGUUCCUGGGUUAUGAAGUGCUAAGGUUGAACCAUGUUGGAGACUGGGGGACACAGUUUGGGAUGCUCAUUGCUCAUUUGCAAGACAAGUUCCCAAAUUAUCUCAGUGUUUCCCCGCCUAUCAGUGACCUUCAGGCUUUUUACAAAGAGUCUAAGAAGAGGUUUGAUGAGGAUGAAGAGUUUAAGAAGAGGGCCUACCAGUGUGUGGUUAAACUCCAGAGCAAAGAGCCAGACUUCAUCAAAGGCUGGAACCUCAUCUGUGACGUUUCCCGGAAUGAGUUUCAAAAGAUCUACGACUGCCUGGAAAUUCGCAUAGAAGAGAGAGGAGAGUCCUACUACCAGGACAUGAUGACGGCUGUGGUGAAAGAGUUUGAGGAAAAAGGGCUGGUGGAGUUGGACGAGGGCAGGAAGAUAGUGUUUGCUCCGGGCCAGUCUAUUCCCCUGACGAUUGUCAAAUCAGAUGGUGGCUAUACUUACGAUACCUCCGAUCUGGCUGCCAUCAAAAAUCGUCUGUUUGACGAGAAAGCUGACAUCAUCAUCUACGUGACCGACAGUGGCCAGGCAAUGCACUUCCAGGUGGUCUUUGCUGCUGCUCAGUUGAUAGGCUGGUAUGAUCCCAAGGUCACACGGGUAGAACAUGCGGGUUUUGGUGUGGUGCUCGGGGAGGACAAGAAAAAGUUUAAGACGCGUUCAGGGGACACAGUGCGAUUAAUGGACCUUCUGGAGGAGGGUCUGAAAAGAUCCAUGGACAAACUGAAGGAGAAGGAGAGAGACAAGGUGCUGACCCCGGAGGAGCUGGUAAAGGCUCAGCGUGCCGUGGCCUUUGGCUGCAUUAAAUAUGCAGACCUUUCACACAACCGCAUCAAUGACUACGUAUUUUCCUUCGACAAGAUGCUGGAUGACAGGGGCAACACCGCGGCCUACCUCCUCUACGCCUUCACACGCAUCAGGUCUAUAGCUAGACUGGCUAACAUCCAGGAGGAUGUCCUGCGCAAAGCAGCCGAGACCACAGAGGUCUUACUGGACCAUGAGAAAGAGUGGAAACUGGGUAAGUGCAUCCUGCGCUUCCCUGAGAUUCUGCAGAAGAUCACAGAUGACCUGCUGCUUCACACACUGUGCGACUACCUCUACGAGCUGGCCACCACCUUCACAGAGUUCUACGACAGCUGCUACUGCGUGGAGAAGGACCGGCAGACAGGGGAAGUGGUCAAAGUCAACAUGUGGCGGAUGCUCCUCUGUGAAGCCACCGCAGCUGUGAUGGCCAAAGGUUUUGACAUUCUGGGUAUCAAUCCAGUUCAGAGGAUGUGAAUUGGUCAAUGCCUUCCUUCUCUGAACACAAGACCUUUUACACAAAAACAUUGAUGUCCCGACGGAUUCUUAUGGUAUACCAAAUAAAAGUCAUUCGACUGUCCAUAACAAAAUCUUUGAUUUCCUGGUCAUUUCUCCUCACAUAAAUGUCAGAGUAGCCAUCUGGAACCUGAAAACUGCCAAAAAGUCAAUCUCUUCAACCUUUCCUUUCUAUAUAACAAGUCUGAAUAUUAUGCUGCAUUCCAGACGAGGUUGGACGUGGGAAUAUCCCAAAUUAAAUGUCCCACUUCAGACCCAGUCAAUCACAUAUCACGUUUACAUGUUAACCACAUUAUAUCACAUUACACAUAAGAGCAUAUUGAGUUUUGUGUCAAUUAUAGCAAAAACAGAAUAAAAACAACAUAAAAUCGCUUUGAAAACAGCUGAUUUGAAAGUGACGUCAAAUGACGCGUCUUGCUGAGGUCGGGGUUGAUCGAUGUACCCCGAGUUCACACUUGUCCGAAUUUGAGUGGCGUUCCAGACAUUAUUUCCUAAAAGAAGGUAGGAAAAAUCCAAAUUCCGUUCUGUCUGUAACGCAGCAUUAUUCUAGUCUGGCAAUAAGAAUUAGCUCACCUAAUUUUGGUUUACCUAGUUUUCCAAACUCGUUGCUGGAUGGCAACUGUCCUGCACUGUGUCUAAAAUCGCCCCCUAUACCCUUAAAUAAUAAUCCCACAAUGCACUGCAAUAACAAGUGUACAGCUGAUGUAUGCUCAACGGCUAGAGAAUACCCAUAAUGCACUGUGAUAGUCACGCGCCAAAUGAAUUCCCGCGUCUGACCAGAAGAUGGUCCCGCAGAUGAAUCCAUUUUCCAAACCGCUGGUCCAAUGUUGCUACAGCGUAAUAUCAUACAAGUAUAAAUUCUUUUUAAUUGAUUAUUAAGUUGUUUAAUUAAUCUUACUACUGGAGCUUCCAGAUUGCUAAGUUUCAAAUGAUUAUUAAACAGCAAGAACAAACUACGCAAAAGCAGCAGCCCUUCUGGGGCACUCAGUCAAAGACUUUAUAUAAAGUCUUAAAGGGACUUUGACUCAGUUUCUGAAUUCACUCACUCGUUUUCACUCACUCCCUUAAGUGAACUAUAUUAGUGGACUAAUGUAGGAAAUAGUGAAUGAGGGUAUAGGGGGUGAUUUCGGACACAGCCCUGGAGAGUUUAGCUCCAACUUGUCUCAACAUAACUGCCUGGAAGUUUCUAGUAUGCCUAGUAAGACCUUGAUUAGCUGGUUCAGGUGUGUUUAAUUGGGGUUGGAGCAGGAUUGGACACCCUUGACCUAAAGAUUUUACAACAACAACAACAACAGCAUUAUUUAUUUGGCUUUUGGACUUUUGAAUCCACAAUAUGCACAAAAUAUUGUUCUCCCUUGAAUUGUAAUGCAAUAAAUCAAUUUCUAAUGUGUUUAUAUUCA